GCGCAUGAAGGCAGCCGGGCGGCGGGGGCCACUGAACGGGUGCGAUGUAACGGCGUCGGGUGAGACUGGGACGCAGCGUGCACCGCGCGGGAGGGAGGGUUUAACAUUAACCACUGUUUACCAUUAGGCAGCUGUGCACGGCCCCACCGUACAUAAGCCGUGCGCACCGGCGUCAACGCCUCAGUCUGAGCGCGUCCCCAGCAGGAGGAGAUCAUCCAGCCGGUGCUCGGACCCGACAUCACCUCUUCUGGACUCAGACACUGGAAGGUCCAGCCUGGUUGGAGAGAUACUUUUCCAUAGCUGGUAAUUCAAUCCUGAUAGUGUGGAUCUUUAAAUAUCUCCUUUAGGAACCUCCCAGCAGCCACGUGGUGUAAGGUGAGACAUUCCCUGCCCCGUGCACCAACCAGUCCUACGUGAUCAGAGGACUGAGAGCAUGACCGAUCCCUGGCAAUAUCUGGCCACUGCAGACCUCUGAUUGUAUGAUUCAUCAGCUCGUACUGAACUUUAGAGGACUGUUUACCAGCGACUGUAGGGGAUUUCUGUGGUGAAUCCCCCAGCCCACGUUUGUCCUUUCCCAUCUGUUUUGAACCAGCAUGCCUUCUGUUUUUUGCUGGCCCACCCUGAGCACCUUGCAGUGAAUGGAGAACAUACUGGUUCUGCUUCCGAAGCACCGACAAGAACACGGGCUCUGCAGACACACAGCUGCAUGUGUCUUGCUGACUGCUUCCUCUAGAGCAGUUUUCUCUCAGUCUUUAAUAGCAACCCCCACUCCCUGUCAGCCUCUUUAAUGGGAUAAAUCAAUUGGACCGAUCAGGUUCAAAACCAGAUCAAGUGGCCAGUUUCAUUGUGACAUCUCCACAACCAUUAGGCCAAGAAACACUGACCUUUUCUUAUCAAGUCUGCUGUCUUCCUAAGGCUUCCGCAUGGUACUUUGGUCGAAAGAACAAGACAAACUCCCCGACAUUGACAUGUCCUCCGGGAACAUUGAGAUAAAGAAGGAGGGAGGCCCCCUGACCCCGGCCUUCCUCAACUCUAACUGCACCAUCCACCCGGGGAUCCUCACUAAGGGACCAGAGGAAGUGAGCCCAGGGUCUGGGGGAGAGUUCGAGCUCACUGAGGUCACGUCUUUCACAGAGAGGGCCGGUGAGAAUGGGGGGGAUGAGGAGAGGUCCGAGAUUGUCGUGGCAAUAGACUGCCGGGCUAACGCGAAGGGUCAGCGGGAAGAGGAUGCUCUCCUGGAGAAUGCGAGCCAGAGCAAUGAGAGCGAUGACACCAGCCAUGAUCAGAGCCCCGAACCCUCAGCGCCACUCAAGGAGACCUCCUUUUCCAUCGGCCUACAGGUGGUCUUUCCCUUCCUGCUGGCCGGGUUUGGGACAGUGGCAGCGGGAAUGGUGCUGGACAUCGUUCAGCAUUGGACCGUGUUUACAGAGGUGUCAGAGGUCUUCAUCCUGGUUCCAGCGCUCCUGGGGCUCAAAGGCAACUUGGAGAUGACGCUGGCCUCUAGACUUUCCACAGCGGCUAACAUCGGUCAGAUGGACACAGCCAAGGACAUGUGGAAAAUGAUCAUGGGGAACUUGGCCCUCAUCCAGGUCCAGGCCACGGUGGUGGGAUUUCUUGCAUCCAUAGCUGCUGUGAUCUUCGGUUGGAUCCCAGAGGGGCACUUCAGGCUGGGCCACGCAGUGCUGCUGUGUGCUUCCAGUGUGGCCACAGCCUUUAUCGCCUCUCUGCUGCUAGGUCUCAUCAUGAUCGGUGUGAUCAUAGCAGCCAGAAAAGUCGGCAUCAACCCUGACAACGUGGCCACACCCAUCGCUGCCAGCCUGGGAGACCUGAUCACCCUGUCCCUGCUGGCUGGCAUCUCCACAGGACUCUACAAGGAGCUAGAGUACAAUGACUAUGCCAACCCACUGGUGUGUGCGGCGUUUGUCGCAAUGUGCCCAUUAUGGGUGCUGAUUGCCAGGAAAAUACCAUGUACCAGGGAGGUCCUCUACUCCGGCUGGGAGCCAGUCAUUAUUGCCAUGGCCAUCAGCAGUGUCGGUGGUUUGAUCCUCGACAAGACGGUGACCAACCCCAACUUUGCUGGCAUGGCUGUCUUCACUCCAGUCAUCAACGGAGUGGGAGGCAACCUGGUGGCGGUUCAGGCCAGUCGUAUCUCCACCUAUCUCCACAUGAACGGUCUACCGAUGGGCGAUCCCAACCUCACCCCUAGGAAAUGCCCCACUCCCUGCGUCUCCUUCUUUGGCUCCAAUGUAAACUCUCGUUCAGCCCGUGUGCUCUUCCUCCUGGUUGCCCCAGGUCACCUCGUCUUCCUCUACACCAUCAACUCCCUGAGGGGUGGACACACCACCCUAACACCCAUCUUCAUCACCUUCUACCUGGCUGCUGCACUGCUGCAGGUCAUGAUCCUACUUUACCUGGCAGACUGGAUGGUCCACUGGAUGUGGGGCCGAGGCAUGGACCCAGACAACUUCUCCAUCCCCUACCUGACUGCCCUAGGUGACCUGCUGGGGACUGGUUUCCUGGCCCUUUGCUUUCACAUGCGCUGGUUCAUUGGGGACAGAGAUACUAAUGUGGGCAACUGAUCGCAGGCAUAAACAAAUGCACAAAAUAAAACCUUUACAAAUACUGUACGCUUCCACGCAUGGGCAGUGACGUGCAUCAUUUGUAUGCCUGAACAUCAUCUGAAAGUGGACAUCUGCAAGAAAAGGGCUAGCCUCCUGUGGGGCUCUGAUUAAUGGUAUAGUGCACAUACCAUGUCAUCUUCAGGAUCUUAGGAUAUAGUUGUACUGCUGACACAGCAGCAGCCCACAAAUCCAGACAAUGUCUUUGUUUCACCAUAGAAACGGUGUAAACAUGCAUAUCUUCACCUCAGCCACCCAACGUGACCUGAAGACUCCUCUCCUCCUCCUCUGUUUUACAUCAUAAUUGACUUCUACCACUUUUAUUGUUAUACUAUUGACAAUUAUUUUUCGUAAAUAAUGUGUUUGAUAUGAAUCAGUGUGUUCUAUGUGCAUGGCCAGCCCUCAUUAUUUUCAAUGGGGACUUAAGCCCUCCUGUUUAUGAAGACUGAUUUUUAACACUUGAAACCACGACAGGAGACAGCAAAAAAUAUAUCCAAUUAAGCCUUGAAUGCUUAUUCACCAAGUGCCAUGUCAAACAUACAGAAUGAACAUUAUAUGAAAUAUAAUGUCAUUACUGAAUUAGUACAAUGCUUAGGUUCUAGUUUCAGUAGGACCUUCAGUCAGUCCACCAAAUGCUUUGAAUAGCCAUUCAUCAGAGGUUACACUACAAACAUUUUUUCCCAGAUCUGGUAACUACUGGGGUUAUGAAAUGUCCUCAUUGAGAGAAGAAAGUAAGCAAACACUUAAACUUUGGAAAAUAGUAUGUGGAAAAUGACUGUUGACUAGGAGAGUUUCCUUAAACCGACACACAAAAACGUGCCUCACUGUUUGUUGCAGCUCACUAGUGGAUAUCAAGAGGUUAGUGAUGUCUUAUUUUGAAACCAGUUAUUCCAGGAGAGAAUAGCCCCAGUUCCCCUGUCUAAAAACAUCUCCCAGUUCUUGUGCUUCCUAAGCCAGGCUUACAGUAAGUGACAAGAGGCUCAACAUGCUGCCGUUCACUGCUACAAAUUAGCAGUCCUUAGCCAUGGAGGCCACUGUGUUCACACAUGGUGCAGAGGGUAAAAUUAUGUUAAGCUGCCUUAAGCAGGAUUUCAGGUGUUCACUCAGGUUCAGCUGAACAGUCUGACACCAGGUGAAUGCUGAUAGUUCGUGUGGAUAUUUGAUUUAUUUUAUAUGAUAAAAUUUUAAUUUUCUCGUGGUGGCAAAGUUGAUCAUUCCAGUGAAAGAUAAACCAAUGAAAGUAUCAGGUCACAGGAAGUCUUUUUUUUAGUAUUUCCAUGUUGGUACAGACCUUUAGAUUUUGAUUUACCAAAAUAUAAGCAAAGUUUUUCAAGCUGUCUAAGAGCCCGUACACACCAGAAUUCAAAAUAGCUGCAAUAGUCAGUGAAAUCAGUUCAGAAUUGAUGUGUUUGACUCCAAAACACAUGUAGCCAUAGCUUAUUCACUCUUUCACACAUUCAUGUUUAUCCCUUAGAGUAUAAACUACAGACCCUGAGAAGGCAGUACAACAUUAUUUCAAGUUAACUUACUGUCCUAAGGGCAAGCACAAAUUCACUACGCUGAUGAGUCAGCAAGUCUCAUUAGGUGAACAUUUACUUCCCUUUCAUAAAUCUUUAUUAAGAUGUCAGGAAUGGUAAAAGGUUUAGUACACAGAACAAAAGAAAGAGAAGCUCAAAGCAGAGAGCUGUUGUUAGCAAGAAGUGUUAGUUUGUUUCCAGCUUACUAGCAUACUGCUGUAUCUAUACAUAGAACCAUAGAAAAUUUUUACAUGAAAAAUUCACUUUCCUGACUAGAUGCAAAUCAUCUUGACUGUACUGAGAAAACCAGUGGACAUGGUAGUUGUGCAGAGUUGCCAAGCUCCCAUCACCUGUUUCUCAAGGUCACACCAAUUCAUUUUGCUGUUGUAGUUCCUGGUGUGAUCGGGUGCCGAGGCUGAUUUCAUCGCAGAGUUUUUGUCUCUCUUGUUACACUCAAGAAUGAUAAAUAACAAUACUGUCUAAUCAGGGAUGAACCUGAACUUUUGUAAUUGAUUGGUUGAUGUUAAGUACCAUUAUAGUGACACAUUGGUUUAAUGCGGCAUGCCGCCCCAAAUACCUAAACCUACACAACCACACCAGCUAUCUGUCAUCACAUGAGCUGACUCGUGGGCUUACAAGUGAGGAGGAGAAUAGAAGAGAAAGUUGGUAGUCAUUUUGACAGAAUGUACGUACGUUGGCCCAAGAGAAACCUGCAAGUGAUGCUCGGCUUAGAAUGCGUGUGCAGAGCACAUAGGAUGAAUUUGCAAAUCAGAAUUAUUAGAUUUUUUUUGUGGUGUUACAGAUCUUUUCAAUGCAUCGAUUAUGUUGAAAUUGUGAUUUUGUUUAAGUAUCCCUUUCCUCCUUUUCUUAAUCCUUUUAACUCUUUACAAUUAUUGAUUUGUGUCCUGAAUUUAUUUGAGAAAACAACCACUGCAACCAUGAAGCAACUUCUCUGGACUGUUGAAAUGCAACAGUUUACUGUAAUCCGCAAACGUACCAUCAGAGGGCGCCACAGGGAUAUAAUUGUCUGUGUGUCCUCUGGUUACAAACCUACACUUGUCCACUCGGAGUCACCGUUCUCAAUUUGUGUGCUUUUAUGUGGUGUUUGAAUGGUGCAAAAUGUGCAUCCUUCAAUCUGUUCACUCUCAGUCUGUACCUUCCACUCUCUUGCUGACCAGGUGCCAGUGUUCAGACUCUACAUCAAUAGAAAGUUGUGAAUACUUCUAUAAGGGGACAAGUAAUGCUUUGUCUAUUUAUUUUUAGAAGCACACAAAGCAAAUUGUAUAUACUAUAUUUAUUCUAUAUAUAAGGUUGUUUAUUUUGUCUUUUCCACUCUAUUUCUUUGUCACCAUGUUGUAGUCACUUUUUUCAUCUCUUUCUGCUGUGCAAAAGACCACUAGAGCCUUUUACCACUCUCCAUAAUAAAAUGGCAGUAAGGCCAGUGACUAGCAGGGUGCCUAACAGCAGUCGUCACACACCUCACACAGAUGCACAUAUGUCCUGUCACAAGUGGGGAAGUAUACCUGUAAGAAAUAGAAUGGCCUCUUUCAGAUUCACAGUAACCAAUCAGGAGUUAGGUUCCCCACAGAGCCGUGUCUCUUUAAUCAUCUUUAAUUAACAAAUGAUGUACAGUAUGUUGAUUAUGAUGUGUAAUAUAACAGUGACUUUACAUGAUGUGGCAAGCAUUUGUUCAUGUGAAUCUGCAGAACUAUGGAUUUGGAUUUUGAAAACAUUUCAGCAGACUACAUCACAGAGCAUCUGGAAAGUCUGGAAUCAUGUUAAGCAUCUGUAGAACUAAGAUUCCAACCCACAAAUACAACAGAAAGCUUAAAAAAAGAGCAAAGUUCAGUGUCUCUUCUAUUUAUGAUUCCAGAUGUUCCCACUCUGUAUCUAACAUAGGUAACCUUUCACCUAUAACCCACCUACUGCCUCAUUAACUUCAGUGCUUUGACCCCUUGAGCCCCGGAUCUCAGUGGGAACCACCCUCAGGCUGCCAAGAUCCACAUCAAGAUCGAGUCGUUGACUGUAAACGCCCUCAUGUCCUAGUCAGUUUUGCUGCCUUUAAGGAAAAUUGAUGUAAAGACAUGCGGUCUAACGGGGUCUGAGGUCUUUGUUCAGUGUGUGUUCACUUGUAAAAGCCCUCCUCGGUGAAGCAGGAGAGAAGUUUUUCCCUGCAGAACUCUGUGAAAUGCUGGAAAUAAAGGACUAUAUUAUUUGAUACCAUC